GUACCGGUCGUUCUCCGUGAUCCCUCCCCACUGGGUGGGGCAGUGGGAGCGCGAGGUGGGUCGCGGGUAUAUAUGUAUAGAUAAAUAGAUAGGAGAGGCCAGAAGCAGGUAGGAAGGACAUCGCCAUCGACGAGGAUGCACCCGAUCGCGGUGGCUCUGGUACUCGGGCUGGGAGGGGCCGCGGAGGCCGCAAGUCCGGAGGGAGUCCUGCUGCAGGCGCUGACGCGGCCCUUCACCCCGGGACGAUCCGCCUCGGCGGCCUGUCGCCGAGACGCCGCAGAGUACCUCGAGGCCCUUCGGAACUACGCGCCUUGGGCCCUCCAGAUGUACGACGCGUCCGCGAAGGUUCCGCCGGGAGUCGUGACCGGGAAUUACCGACAGCUCGGCAACUACGACGAAUGCCUCCGCGUCCGGACCGAGAGCGGCCUGGCGGGGCAGGCGUGCAGCGCGACGGUCCAGUUCGCCGUCCCAAGGACGGACGCCGCGCCGGCCGCGCCGGCCGCGCCGGCCACGGCGAGGGACGCGCGGGACCUCCUGGAGAACGUGGCCUUGGCCGCGGGAGCGAGCGACCUUCUGGAGAGGACGGGGACGUCCGUCGCGUACGAGUGGACCUGGUGCGUGCCGGCCUCGUGCAACGCGACGGAGGUCGCGGAAUCCGUGGACGCCGCGCUGGAUCCUCUCCGGGUCCCGGGAAGGGUCGACCUGCGAGUGCGGCUGUCUCGGGACUCCUGUCGCACCGCGGUGACCGACGCGGCCUCCUGGAGUCCGGCCGACUGGGCCUACGCGUCCGUCUUGCUGGUCUUUUGCGUGGUCGUCGUCGGGAGCACGGCUUACGAUCUCGCCGCCCGGGACGACAGGGAGGGAAAAGGACCGAGGCACUCGCUCGUCACCGCCUUCUCGGUCUACUCGAACGGCAAACGGUUACUGAGGACCGAAAGACCGGACGACUCGAUCGCGUGUCUGGACGGCAUACGCUUCCUCGGCAUGUGCUGGAUCGUCCUCGGACAUACCUACUACGUCGAGGCGAUGGACGCCAAGCUGGAUCUCGUGGCCGUGCCAAAGAUGCACGAGAACUGGGCCAAUCUCCCGAUAUUGAACGGCAACGUCGCCACCGAUGCGUUCUUCCUGCUCGGCGGAACCCUGCUGGCCCGCGGGGCGCUUUCCAGGAAGCGGAGGCACCCCGAGGACAAGUUGGACAUUCGGGGACUGUACGCGCACCGUUACGUAAGGCUCACCCCGGCGUACGCCAUGACGAUCGGGCUGUACGCUACCCUCUUCGACAAGAUCGGCUCCGGGCCGAGGUGGCGUCGAUGGGUGGGAACCGAGCGGGACAACUGCCGCGACAAUUGGUGGGCCAAUCUGCUUUACGUCAACAACUACGUUAACGUCGACUCGAUCUGCCUCUCGCAGUCCUGGUACUUGGCGGUCGACAUGCAGCUCCUCUGGAUCUCGCCCGUCUUCCUCUGGCCCAUGCUCGAGCGCGGAAGGAGAGCUCUGUUCUACUCGAUCCUCGGCGCGGGGAUCUUCGCCUCCGCCCUCGCGCCCUUCCUGGUCACCUACUUCCACGGCUUGACCGGCACCAUGCUCUACUACAAGGACCAACUCGAGGUCGCGAGGGUCUACCUGCUCGUCUACACGAGGGUCUACGCGAGGGCGGGUCCGUACGUCAUCGGUCUCGGCCUCGGCUACCUGUUGCACCGGACCCGGCCCGUCGGCGGCCAAUCGGUCAGGAUGUCUCCGGUCUGGGUCUGGGUCGGCUGGAUCGCGUCCGUCUCGGCGGGGCUCUCCGCGGUCCUCGGGCCUCGAGGGAUGUACUUCGCGGACCACCCUUACGACAGCCUGGAGGCCAGCUUUUACGCGGGUCUGCACCGGCAAGCCUUCGCGCUCUCGGUCUCGUGGAUAGUCUUCGCGUGCGUGCACGGACACGCGGGUCCCGUCGGCAGCUUCCUCUCGUGGACGGGGUGGUCCCCGCUCGGUCGGCUCACCUACUCCGUCUACCUGACGCACUACGUCGUCAUCCUCUACGGCGCGGGAGUCGCGCGCACCGCCGGAGUCCUCUCGACCUUCAACGUGGUACACCGGUUCUUUGGUAACUUGGCCCUGUCGCUGAUCCUUUCCGUGGGGACGUACCUCUUCUUCGAAGUGCCCUUCGUCGUGCUGGGCGAUGCGUUUGGGAGGCGGAAACCGGACACGAGGAUUCCAGGGCCGGGAUCCUGCGACCUCGGCUGCGGAGGAUCGGUUAACCGAGGUUUUUCUGCCGAUGAGAAUUCACCUAGCGCGAGAAGAAAGGACGAGAGCGUUGUCGCCGACGGCGCGACCCAGCCCGUGGACCUCGAAGCGGUUUCGAUCGCUCCGGAGACCCGAGUCGCUUGACUCGGCUGUCCGGGCGCUUUCCCUAUCGUCAACGAUCGCCUAUCCCGACUCGCUUGCUCGUCCGGUCGGUCCCGACCCGACCCCCUCCCAGAGCCGUUAAGACAAAUCGAGAGCGGGCGCCGCAAAGUGCGCCGGUACGGGCCAAAGACGCUUUCGAGGGAGCGUAACCCGACUCCCGGUCGGGAGCGUUUCCUCGGCCUUCCUUCGACUCUCCAAGGGGAAGGUCGGGUCGAGUCCGGGUCGAGUCCGGGUCGAGUCCCGGUAGAGUCCGGGUCGAGUCCGGGUCGGCAGCGGCCAAGUCGACCGUAACAAUGGUCCGUCUGUUUGAUCCGUGGAAGUAAUCGACACCCGGCUCCCGGAGGGAGCUCGAGGAUCGAUCGAGAGGCGCUCGGAGCGGCGUCGAGCGGGAGAUACGUCCCUGUAAAAACGUCGCGCGUAAUUAAGUAAUGCAGGCGCGAACGUCGGAGUCGGGCGAAUCCAUUUAGGGCGUCGCAAGGGUCGUAAUGCCCGCAACGGAUCCCCGGGGAGUCGGCGACUCGCGUGGGAAACGCGCGUUUUGGCGCUUUCUCCCCGCAUCGAGGCGAGCCGUUAUCAACGCAAAAAGGAGCCUCUCCCGGGCUCCCGGGCUCCCGGGCUCCCGGGCUCUCGGGCACCGGACGAGUCGAGCCACGGAUAAGCGUGAAAUAUGAAGAGAGAUCGCCGUCUCGAGUGGUCGCACGCUUUGGGAAGGAAUAGCCUCGGCGGGGAGAGUCGAUAAGUCUCGGGCGUCCUCGCGACUCUCCCGAGAAGAACCGGCGCCCACGCUCGUUUUCUCCGGAUAGCGGACGACGUCUAAAUCCGGUUUAACGUUUGUAUAAAAGCACCAUUAAUACUCGGUAACGCAAUAAACUAAAUUUAGUUGCGGCCUGGCGUGGCUGGCGCGGCGUACGCGGUAUGAUUCGAUAUCUCGGUGAACGCCACAUGGCCCGUCCUCCGCUCGAUACGGACGCCGACCGGCGCCCGGGGGCUCCGGGGGGAACCGAACCGCCUCCUCUGGAUUUUCGGUAUCACCGCGUACCCCGGAACGCGUAACCGGCGCGUGCGCCCGCGCGGGCUCUGCGACGCAUCGCCGAACAGCUACCAAGGAUAGUUUGUUUAUUUACUUUGACGACACGUGGUAUCUCUCUCGUCUCUUCGCGUCGGUUUCCGCCUCCGGCCGCGCUCCCUCUUCGCCCCGCCGAGAAGCGGCCCUGGUCCUCGGGCUCUCGAGUUCGAGGCCGUUCGCUGCGGCCCUUGGCAGCUUCCGCGCCGCCCGAGAUAAUCGGGAUUUCGAGAGGGCUCUGGAUCGCAUCGCGUCCCUCCGCUCCGCGGCCUCGCGGUCGUCGCUCGAACGGGGUCGUUAUCCCUCGGAAAGACAUUUGAACAGCCGACGCGGUAAGUGGUCGGCGCUUCUCCCUUUGACAGACCCGGUAGCCCUCUCCGGGCCCUCGGGUGUCCUCGGCGGUCCUCGGCCGUCCGCGGAGAUCGAACGGGGGCGUGGCCCGAGGGACUGCCGGGUCGGGCACCCCCGG